UCUUCGAAAAUCAAUGAAUUCUAAUGAAACUAAUCAGUGAAUGCGAAAGUUAACAAGUUCUUUAUUCUUUAUACUGAAAAGAAAUACAAAAUUUUCGCUGUUAUAGAGAAAGGCAGAAAGGCAUACACACAUAUAUAGAUACUUCUAUAAUAUAGAGUCUAUAUGCAUAUAAUAAUAUCCUUUAACUGAAGAAGAGAACUAAGCAACGCGAAUGUGCGCUUUUGGUUAUUUAUUGUUUUUCGCCCUAUUGUUAACCACAAUCCUGGUGCUGUCGAUAAUAUUCGCCACCACGUCCAAGCGAUCCAUGUUGGAUAGUUUUAUCCUAGUAUUCAAUUACACACAGGAAUUGCAACAAGAACACGAAAUGCACCAGCAGGAGCCCCAACAACAACACCAGCCAAUGGACUACCAACAGCAGCCCCAAAUGUUCUUGAAACAGAAAAUAUUUUGAGUUCUAUAAGUUCCACAAAGCCCCGAUAAUACCAAACAAAAAAAUUAAAAGAAUCUCAAUUGGACUCGAGUGUAUUCUAGUGAAAGAAUUUCAUUGUUCGCAAAACAAAAAACAUUAAUAAAGUGAAUCAAAUAAACAAAUAUUGUUUAAAUAUUAUUAAAAAACUGAAACUCAAAAACUAAAGUGCAAUCAACCAAGUGACGCAAGUAAUAGUUCUCGAAUAUGAUUAACUCGAAGGAUAUAGUCGCCCUUUAAGUCAGCAACUGCUCGAAUUUUGAUUUGAGGUAACUUGAACUAAAGUGUGAUGAUGAUAACCCCCUUUUGGGCAGGGUUUGGGUGUUUUUCUUUAUUCAGCCCCU